CCCGUUCAUGGCCCCUCCGGACUCGGCCCCUGCGCCCGGGGCCCGGGCCCAGCCCCGUUGCGCCAUGCCCGCGUCGGGCGCGCCCUGGCCCGCGCCCCGCCGCCGCCGCCCCCCGGCUCCCGCGUCGCCCCAUAACCCGGGCCGCACUGCGCGCCGCCCGCAGCGGCCCUGAGCACCUAUCCCCGCACGCUGCCUGGGAACCGAAGCGCAGAAGCGCGCGCGCCUGGAAGCGAGACCCAGAGAAGGAGCGGGAAGCAGAGCGCAGCCGCCGCCGGGCCCUGCGCGCCCCGGGAGCGCAGCGCGGCCCUGCCCGCGGGCUCCGGGUGUCCGCGGGGCGGCGCCGCGGAACAUGACGGCGCCCUGGGCGGCCCUCGCCCUUCUCUGGGGAUCGCUGUGCGCCGGUUCCGGGCGAGGGGAGGCAGAGACUCGGGAGUGCAUCUACUACAACGCCAACUGGGAGCUGGAACGCACCAACCAGAGCGGCCUGGAGCGCUGCGAGGGGGAGCAGGACAAGCGGCUGCACUGCUAUGCCUCGUGGCGCAACAGCUCAGGCACCAUCGAGCUGGUGAAGAAGGGCUGCUGGCUAGAUGACUUCAAUUGCUACGACAGGCAGGAGUGUGUGGCCACCGAGGAGAACCCCCAGGUGUACUUCUGCUGCUGUGAGGGCAACUUCUGCAACGAGCGCUUCACCCACUUGCCGGAGCCUGGGGGCCCAGAAGUCACGUACGAGCCACCCCCGACAGCCCCCACCCUGCUCACGGUGCUGGCCUAUUCGCUGCUGCCCAUUGGAGGCCUCUCUCUCAUCGUCUUGCUGGCCUUCUGGAUGUAUCGACAUCGGAAGCCUCCCUAUGGCCACGUGGACAUCCAUGAGGUGAGGCAGCGCCAGCGUGGGGCGGGGAGAAGGGAUGGCGGUGCAGACUCCUUGAAGCCCUUGCUUUUCCAGGACCCAGGGCCUCCGCCCCCAUCCCCUCUGGUGGGCCUGAAGCCACUGCAGUUGCUGGAGAUCAAGGCUCGUGGUCGCUUCGGCUGCGUUUGGAAGGCUCAGCUCAUGAACGACUUUGUGGCUGUGAAGAUCUUCCCACUUCAGGACAAGCAGUCGUGGCAGAGCGAACGGGAAAUCUUCAGCACACCCGGCAUGAAGCACGAAAACCUGUUGCAGUUCAUUGCUGCGGAGAAACGAGGCUCCAACCUGGAGGUGGAGCUGUGGCUCAUCACAGCCUUCCACGACAAGGGCUCCCUCACGGAUUACCUCAAGGGGAACAUCAUCACGUGGAACGAGCUGUGCCACGUGGCAGAGACGAUGUCACGAGGCCUCUCGUACCUGCACGAGGAUGUGCCGUGGUGUCGUGGCGAGGGCCACAAGCCUUCUAUCGCCCACAGGGACUUCAAAAGCAAGAAUGUGCUACUGAAGAGCGACCUCACUGCGGUGCUGGCCGACUUUGGCCUGGCUGUUCGGUUUGAGCCCGGGAAGCCUCCAGGGGAUACCCAUGGACAGGUCGGCACCAGACGGUACAUGGCCCCUGAGGUGCUGGAGGGAGCCAUCAACUUCCAGAGAGACGCCUUCCUGCGUAUCGACAUGUACGCCAUGGGCCUGGUGCUGUGGGAGCUCGUCUCUCGGUGCAAGGCCGCAGACGGGCCUGUCGAUGAGUACAUGCUGCCCUUCGAGGAGGAGAUUGGCCAGCACCCUUCACUGGAGGAGCUUCAGGAGGUGGUGGUCCACAAGAAGAUGCGGCCCACCAUUAAGGAUCACUGGCUGAAGCACCCGGGCCUGGCCCAGCUCUGCGUGACUAUCGAGGAGUGCUGGGACCACGAUGCAGAGGCUCGCCUUUCUGCAGGCUGUGUGGAGGAGCGGGUAUCCCUGAUCAGGAGGUCGGUCAACGGCACUACCUCGGACUGUCUCGUCUCUCUGGUGACCUCCGUCACCAAUGUGGACCUGCUCCCUAAAGAGUCCAGCAUCUAAGCCCGGGGACACUAGUGUCUCUCCAGACUCAGUGGAUCUGAAGAAAAAAAAAAAGGAAAAAAAAAGUUGUGUUUUGUUUUGGAAAUCCCAUAAAACCAACAAACACAUAAAAUGCAGCUGCUAUUUUACCUUGACUUUUAUUAUUAUUAUAAUUAUUAUAAUUAUUAUUAAUAUUAUUUUUGGAUUGGAUCAGUUUUUACCAGCAUAUUGUUCUACUGUAUCGCAAACAGCGGACACGUCAGCAGGCGUUGAGGUGCUGAGCUGUGAACGCAGAAGCGGCGCCCUGCUGAAGAGCCUCAGCCACCUCCUGUCCCGCGGGAUUCUUUCCCCAUGCUUUCUCUUUGUUGUCUCAGAAUCUGUAACACAAAGAAACUCGUCUCCUGUCUUAGGAAACUCAAUGCUGCAGUUCUCUACGAGAGGAACCUUUGAAGACUGUUAACACGGACACACCCUUCCUCCGAAGAGGGUCCCCCCACCCCCGCCCCUUUAUUUUACGUUUCUCCCAUUUCAGGCCGUGAGCGUAGGAAACGGCAGACGCGUCUUCACGGGUGUCACGGUGCCGUCCUGACCCAACGACAGGGAGACAAGAUGGGGGGGGCUAGUCUGAGGCUGGAGGGGAGGCCGACGCCUCUGGGCAGGGUGUGGAGCAGAGAUACACUGGACUUGGGCACAUUUGAAGCAACACCCUUGGCUGUGGAGGCUGCUUUCUCAGGUAACAAGGGAUUGAGGGCAAGGACUUUGUGGAGGCCAAGCAGUAAUAAUAGCAAGCACAGGAUUUGGAGAAAGUCCAAGAGCAGGGGCCAGGCUGCCCCACCUGCCCCGUUUCUUCCCACUGCCGGCGGAGAAGACACAGCUUUGCUCUCCUAUUAGGACCAGGUGAGGGCUUGGCAGUUUAUGACACUGUAGAUCUCUUUCAUGGAGGAAAUACCGACCUGCAGUUUCCUCUUGGCCGUUUGGGGAGAUGCCUGUGGUGUCCCUUGCCCAGCGUGGAUGGGCCAGAGGAUCCCGUGGGGACCUUGCCAGCCUGUGGCUGUGGCUUGGCCCCAUGCGGUGUGCGUGGCAUUACCGGCUCCUUUCUAAGGCUGGUGGACGCGGCUUUCUCCAGACCCUUUAAAGUGGUGCAUAUUCUAAAACUGUGUUUCUCUCACGCCAUGACCUUGCUCCGGACAGUGAAUGUUCCUAAUGCUGCUGUUUCGACAUUGGAAUUUUUUUUUUAUUUAUGAAACAUGCUAAAUUUUUUUUUCUUCAGACAGAACACACACAUCCACAUAUAUAUUAUAAACAUGCUUUGCUGUGUGGCUUCCGAGGUUUAAAUUUUAAAAAGUUAAAGAAGUUAACUUCACGACCACAGAACCACCUCAAACCAGAAAUACCUCAGAAUUUUCUACUUGUGUAUGUUUUAUUAAUUAUAUAUUUUGUUAGUUGUGUUGUCUUGUAGGAAGUAUAUUUUAAUGUAAGUUUGACUUUUAUGACAAGGAAGUUUAAAAGAAAUAGAGAAAAAAUAAGAAAAAAAAAGUUUGUGUCUCCUAGUCAGUACCGUCUUCGUUUGAUAAAAGCUCCCUUGUAAAUAAUUGGCGUCAGCUGUAGGUCGGCUGUCUGGGUGGAGUCAGGCGUUCAUCACUCUGGUUUAGACUGUAUCAUUUAAAUUGCACAUCUCCUGACUUUGAGGGUAAGUAGGCCGCUUCCUCCAGAUUGCUUAGAGGUCCUCUGGGUGGCCCUCGGAACAACACGCCCACUCGGAACCUGGUGGUAGCACCGCCCUCAGGCCCACCCGAGGUGACUGUACUUGACACUAAAUUCUCUCAGCAGCAGGCAAGUGUGUCUAGGGGGGGGACACAAGUACAUCUGGGGGGUGUAUGGCCGGGCGCCCACUCCCUCAGCACGGUGUGUGUGGUGCCCUGCCCGGGGCGUCCGGGGUUGGCUCUUUUCUGCGGGUGUUUGUGCACUGCGUGCUGAGGAAGGCCAGCUGGCUCACCUCCUCUCACACCUUGGUCUUUGUUUCUGUAGGUCAGUGUGGGCUGGCUGAGGAGUUAGGGGAUGCGGCCUCUUGUUUCUUCAAGCUCUGUCUGACCCUCCCUCCCUUCCUCCCCAUCUGAUUUUGUGCCGUGGUAUUUUCUUGUCUCGGGAAUACUUGCCGCUGGAUAACAAGUCUUAGAGUAGUUAUUUCCUUUUCCAUUCUUUUCUUUAAGGAGCUUUAAGUAUUUAUUGAAAGUGCCAUAUAUCUCCUUUCUUUAGCUUUCUCCUCAGGCAGUGGGGGACACCUCUACUUCUGACCCUUAACAAACCAACCACUAAGGAAUGUAGCUCUUUCUCUACAGGAGUGGCCCAGUCACCAGUCACAUACCGGGCCAAACACUAAACCCAGCUCCUCCUCUGUGUGAUCUUAGGACCCUGGGUGGUUUUUCUCUUGUGUUGUUGGUUGUCAGAGCAUCCUGGCCUGGCUGAGCUCUGGUGUGGGACAUCCCAGUGAACCCUGUGUCCAGUCUCAGCAGUGUCCUUGUCAGACCUUCUUGUCAGAAUGGAUCGACAAGAUGAGGUUCUUGUUUGGUGUGGCCAGGAAAGGGGGGAGUUUGAGUGCUGGUGUCUCUGAAUAGGGGCUGUACACUGCCUCUUGCCUUCAGGUAACACACCCAGCUGCUCAUAGCUGGAAGGUGGGCGACAUUCCAGGGUGUGGCCCGGAAACUUAACUUCCUUCCUCCCUCCCCUCCCCUUCUUUCCUUCCUGUCUCCCUUCUUUUCCUUCUUUCUCCCUUCUUGUGCCCAGUUGAGUCCCGGGGCCUCUGCCUCGCACUUGCCCACACUUGUAUCUCUUCCCCUCUCCCUUAAGCUUUCUUGAAGACCGAGGAAGUCCCUGUGGGUGGGAAAGGAUGAGACUUGUCAGGGGAGAGAAAUAGCUAGGGGUACUUCUUCCUUCUCUCACUCCAAACAGGCUCCCUUGACUACAGGCCUUGGCAGGGAGUGUCCUGGUUGAUGCCGGUGACAGCGAAAAGUCACCUGUUUCUGGAAAUGUCUGUGAGUCAGAGAGAGACAAAUCGAGUGAAGAUAUGCUUACUGACAAGGUUGCCAAGGGAGGCUGUCAGCUUUCUUUAGCAUAUGGACUAGCUUGGGCUAGCCUGCGCUGGCCUGGUACCAUAGACACCAGACGCAGGGAGAAGUGCUGGACCUUCUGCUCACAUAUUCACAGCAAAGGGUGUCUCUUUUGCUUGCCACUGGGCUCCCAGGCUUGCUGGGCUGGCCGUCUGGACAAGGCUUGAGCUGCCUCCAGCAAGGCGUGUGAUCCUGUCUGCUCUGGUCUCCCUUCAUCCCUGGCAUUGACCGUGCCUUUGACCCUCUGCCCUAGGGCUUAGGCUGUGUGAAGGAUUUUUCCUGGUGGCCAGCCUCCAUAGGUAUUUAAUGGUUGCCCUGUGCUCUUUGGCUCAGAGAACCUGUCAUGUGGUGGUUCCUAUGCUCAGCCACUGAGGCAGAGACGUGACUGUCCCAUCUCGAGCUGGACGGCUGGAUGGCUCUCUCACACACAGAACUUUACCUUUGUAGUGUGUGUGAAGUUCCUGGUGCAUCCCGGUGGAUAGGAGACGGUCCUGAUUGCGUUCCCUAAGUAACUAAUAGAGUAACAGCUUGUUGCACUGUAAGUUGAGGUCCUGCCGUUGUUCUUAGGAUGUGGUUCAUUAGACUAGUCCCUGACUCUGAGGAGUUUCCAGGUCACUCUGCUUGGUCCCCAGCAUCAGCUAUUGCAUCUUUUUUUGGGCUUUUGACAACACAGCUUUGGAAAUGAUCAAGCCUGGUCCACAUUCCGGGCAGGACUAGUGAGGACUAUUGUCCCAAAAGUGUGGUGUGCCCUCACUAACAGGAAGUGCCAGGAAGGGACGGUGUCCCAGGGGUCCCUUUCUCUCAGCUUGCGUGACAUGAAUUUCCUUCACCCUAGGCUGUUUGUAAAGGCUAAAUUGAUACAUACUUGACAGCUAGCUUGUCCAGCCUUAAAUGGUGAUGAGCUUAAAUCUCAACUAACAGUAUUUUAGAUAAGUAGGCCCAGUAACUCAGGAAUCUAGAUACUAAACUCUUCAUGCAUUCAAGAUUAAAAAUGCCUAGUUCUUUACACACAGGUCUGGGUAGUUGGUUUGUAGCCAGCAGCCCUCCUGUGAAUGUACCCCAGACCUUUAGAAAAACAUGGAAGAAAUUGAUUUUUUGAGAUACUAAUUUAGUUUUAUAGGAAAAAGAAACUGAAGGUCAAAACACUCCCUUAGGAAUCAACUAGUUGGUUCAACCACAUUAGGAAAGAAAGAAAGAAAGAAAGAAAGAAAGAAAGAAAGA